AAAGCAUGGCUUUGCGACGACGAAAUUACAGUGCUCAACGAUCGUAAAAAAAAUUGGUUGAAGGUGUGACGAAUGUUGGAAUAGUUGUUCGAUGACUCCGAUGGCGGCAGCUCAUGCGUCAAAAUGCGAAAGUCAUUCGCCCAACUAAUUGCAUCAAGUUAUAUCGAACGAACAUGCUCGGGUGCGCCAGCAGAUGCGAUUGUCGGCCAUUCACUGGAUCGUCAUCAAGCUUGUGCACUUCUCCGUCUGCCCUUCAGGGGCUCGCCGUCCCAUCUAUGCGAGUACGCUGCAACUCGUCGAGAAUCCGGAAAGGUCUGGCUGGCACUGUGCGUGCACUUGUCCAUGCUCUUGCUGCUGCUUCACCAGAGUGAUUUGCAUUGUUGAUCAGAGUCUUCUUUCUGUCAAUGAGUGUCGACUGAUUAUCACUUUGCUGCUACAUAAAGCUGAUCGGCGAGACCAUAACAGAGGUCAGCUCUGCGACUUUCUUGUCCCCGAAGCUCAUGAAGGAUUUCUUUCAAAUUGUCCGACUUUAUCCAGCAUUGUGGCAGAGCCUUCUGGUAGUACCUCGAAAAAUCCAGAUUUCGUCAUAAUUAUAUCCUUUUUUUCUUCUCAUUACGGGGCGCUAUACGAUCAGCUCGCUCGUCGAGGCGUAGUCUUCUUUUUCGACCUGUUAUUUCAGUCUUGUACCUUGUUUGUUUUCUUUUAGACAUUGUUGAGAUCACUGUAGAGUAGCCAUGUCACACAGGGGUGCUUGUCCAGCCCCGUCUACCAUGAUACAGUCCUUUCAUA